CGUAUUUCUACUUUACCGACCAACAAUUUGUAAUGUCGUAUUUGGUUUUGCGCUUUUUGUACUAAGAUUUUGUGAGAGAGCUGUUGAAUUAGGUGUUUUAUCCGCUAUAUUAAGGAUAUACACGGCGCACUUGAUGGAAUGAUUGGAUUUUUGUGAAAAUACUGAGCGUUUGUUAAAUUAAGUGAAAAUGGCAGAGCUGCUAGAUUUCAGUCAAAAACUGAACAUCAAACUGCUUGACAAUGUGGUGAUUAGUAUGUAUGCGGGCAAGGGUGAAUCGCAGAGGAUAGCACAAGAAGUUUUAACAACACUAAAGGAACAUCCUGAUGCAUGGACAAGAGUUGACACGAUUCUAGAAUAUUCAACAAACCAAGAAACGAAGUACUAUGCCUUGCAAAUUUUGGAACAGGUUAUCAAAACACGUUGGAAAGUACUACCAAGAAAUCAGUGCGAAGGCAUUAAAAAAUAUAUCGUUUCUUUAAUCAUAAAAACUAGUUCUGACCCGGAAGUUUUUGAAAGCAACAGAACAUACCUAAAUAAGUUGAAUAUGAUAUUAGUACAAGUGUUGAAGAGAGAAUGGCCUAAAAAUUGGGAGAGUUUCAUACCAGAUAUUGUGGGUGCGAGCAAAACAAACGAGAGUCUCUGUCAAAACAACAUGAUUAUUUUGAAGCUGCUAAGUGAGGAACUGUUUGACUUCGCUUCCGGUCAAAUUACGCAGACUAAAGCAAAGCAUUUGAAAGAUACAAUGUGUUCAGAGUUUUCUGCUAUAUUUCAUUUAUGCCAAUUCGUUCUUGAGAAUUCGCAAAAUCCACCACUCGUCAAUGCAACUUUGGAAACUUUACUAAGAUUCCUAAACUGGAUUCCCCUCGGUUACAUUUUUGAAACUAGUCUUAUAAAUACUAUGAUCUUCAAAUUCUUACCUGUCCCUAUGUUUCGCAACGUCACUCUCAAAUGUCUCACUGAAAUAGCUGGAGUCACUGUUAGCAAUUACGAUGAUAUGUUUGGGGCGUUGUUUACCCAAACUAUGGCGCAGCUAGAGAUGAUGCUACCGCUGCAGACAGAUAUUAAAGGUGCUUACGCUUGUGGACAAGACUCAGAGCAAAAUUUUAUUCAGAAUUUGGCCCUGUUCCUGUGUACCUUUUUAAAAGAACACACUAGUAUUGCUGAGAGUCAAGUUCAUAAUUUAGGAAAAGCUUUGCGUUAUUUGUUAUUAAUUUCUGAAGUAGAAGACGUAGAAAUAUUUAAGAUCUGCCUUGAAUACUGGAAUAGCUUCGCUUUUCAACUAUAUCAAGAAGUACCCCAUGGCAUCGCUAUAUUCGCUAACAAAGCUAAAGACUAUGGUAACUUCUACCACGAUUUGUAUAAAGAGGUUCUCAAUAAAAUAAGAUAUAUAAUGAUUUCUCGAAUGGCAAAACCUGAAGAGGUGCUCGUUGUAGAAAAUGACAAUGGCGAAGUGGUGAGAGAAUUUAUGAAAGAUACAGAUUCUAUUAAUUUAUAUAAAAAUAUGAGAGAGACGCUAGUUUAUCUUACCCACUUAGAUUGUGCUGACACAGAAAGUAUUAUGACCAAUAAGCUACAGAAUCAGGUGAAUGGGACGGAGUGGUCGUGGAAAAACCUUAACACGCUUUGUUGGGCGAUCGGUAGUAUAUCUGGUGCAAUGCAUGAAGAAGACGAAAAACGAUUCCUUGUUACUGUUAUUAAAGAUCUCUUGGCACUUUGCGAACAGAAACGAGGCAAGGAUAAUAAAGCUAUAAUAGCCUCCAACAUUAUGUAUGUAGUUGGCCAGUAUCCAAGAUUUCUCCGAGCUCACUGGAAAUUCUUGAAAACUGUUGUAAAUAAAUUGUUUGAAUUUAUGCACGAAACCCAUGACGGGGUACAGGACAUGGCGUGUGAUACUUUUAUUAAGAUAGCACUGAAAUGCAGGCGACAUUUCGUAACAACACAAAUUGGGGAAUCUUGUCCAUUCAUUGAAGAUAUCUUGGCUUCAAUUCCGACCAUCAUUUGUGAUCUGCAGCAACAACAGGUUCACACAUUUUACGAAGCUGUUGGCUACAUGAUUUCGGCUCAAGUUGACACUGCUACACAAGAGGCUUUGAUAGAGAAAUAUAUGAUGUUACCCAAUCAGGUCUGGGACGACGUAAUAAGCAAAGCCAGCAAAAAUGUCGACUUCCUGAAGGAAAUUGAAAUCGCCAAGCAAUUGACAAGUAUCCUUAAGACUAAUGUUCGAGCGUGUAAGGCCUUAAAUCACGCGUAUGUUCUUCAAUUGGGCAGAAUUUAUUUAGAUAUGUUGAAUGUUUAUAAGGUUAUGUCUAAAAACAUAACGGCAGCUAUCCUACUGAACGGCGAGGCCGUAGUGAAGCAACCGUUGAUAAAAUCGAUGAGGGCCGUGAAGAAAGAAACGUUGAAAUUAAUCUCAGAUUGGAUAUCUCGAUCGACCGACAACACGAUGGUGCUCGACAGUUUCAUUCCUCCAUUCUUGGACGCCGUUUUGUUGGAUUAUCAGAGAACGCCUGUACCUCUGGCGAGGGAACCCGAAGUUUUGAGUGCGAUCGCGACGAUUGUUAACAGGCUUGAGGGACACAUCACAAUGGAGGUCCCGAAGAUAUUCGACGCAGUCUUCGAAUGCACCCUAGAAAUGAUCAACAAAGACUUCGAGGAAUACCCGGAGCACCGUACAAACUUCUUUUUACUCCUCCAAGCGGUUAACAACCACUGUUUCGGAGCCUUCCUCAACAUCCCCCCUACGCAAUUCAAAUUGGUCCUCGACAGCAUAAUAUGGGCGUUCAAGCACACCAUGCGAAAUGUGGCCGACAUAGGAUUGCAGAUUUUGUUGAAGCUACUACAGAACAUCGAACAGCACGAAUCGGCAGCGCCCAGCUUCUACCAGACCUACCUGACUGACAUCCUACAACAUAUAUUCUCAGUUGUGACGGAUACUUCGCAUUCGUCCGGACUUUCUAUGCACGCUACAAUCUUGGCUUCCAUUUUCACGUUGGUAGAAUCGGGAGGCGUCAAUUGUCAGCUGGGACCCAGACCGGAUAACGUUCUGUACAUUCAAGAGUUUACAGCGACUCUGUUGAAAUCUGCCUUCCCACAUCUUACGGAUAAUCAAAUUAAGAUCACUGUCCAAGGAAUGUUCAAUUUAGAUCAAGAUAUACCUCAGUUUAAAGAACAUUUACGAGAUUUCUUAGUGCAGAUUAGGGAAUAUACUGGAGAAGACGAUUCAGACUUGUUCUUGGAGGAACGAGAAAAAGCUCUGGAAAUCGCCCAAGCGGAAAAACGACGCAUCGAGCUGUCCGUGCCGGGUAUACUCAAUCCACACGAAGUACCAGAAGAGAUGCAAGACUAACCGACAUCUCAUAGAGAACUGUGUAAUUAAUCUAAAAAUACAGGAUGUCCCGUAAAAAUAUCACUUUUAUAAGUUUACGUGUUAAAUACUAUUUAGAAUGUGAUCGGUAAGGGGAUCUUGUUACGAACUUAACAGCUGUUGCUAUUUUACUGAGCUGGAUUCUCAUUUAAGUUUAACAAAGCUGUUUCUGCACGUUUCUUAGUAAAUUUCUAAAACACCUUCCUUUUAUAUAAUAAAGAAUUGAUGCUACACAUUCUGGUCAUAAUAUUGACAGAUAUUUUGAAAUACCUUACAAAGAGAAGUUGUUUGUUACUCAAUUGAAUCUUCGAAUGCAUGACAAUCUUUAUUAACAACAUAUAGUCAAGAGCCAUCAAUUUUUUCGAGUAUGUGAUACCCUAUGAGCAUUUCAGUGACUACUACAUUACAUCCCGUGUUAAAAAUCCAAGUAAAUUUUUCCCACUACUUUUCCACUUGCUACUGCGUACCAGAAGUGCUUUGACUUCACAUGUAUCGGUUGUUGGUGCGCAGAAUCUCUUUCGUGUUUCGUUUUUUUACUUAAACAUUGAUUUUGUCGCAGAUGUGAAAUAUCAUUCAAAUCUCCCAAUCAUUAUUACAUCGAAUCUUGAAUGAAAUACAGUUUAAAAUAUUUGAUGUUGUGAUUGAGAUGUGCAAACAGAACUAAAAUUAUUACUUCUUACCUUGGUGCUGCGCACCAGAAGUCGUGGUACAGUAAGGACGUGUUAAAGAUGGUUUCAUUGUACUUUUUUGGCACCUAUGCAGGUUUGUAUUGAUAUACAGUAACAAACACUUCAAUAAUCAAGAUUGACGUUUAUAUUUUAUCAAAAAUUCAAUAUUGUACGAGCCUUAACAACUAAUUCUUUGGACAAACGAAAAUUUAUUGAAAAUGUUCAUCUUCACAACUUUGCUUAUUGAAUUAAAGAAUGAGAUCAACAAUACAUUAAAGGCUAUAAUUAAUAAUACAAUUUUGGAACGGCUUGGUUUUUAUAAACUUUGAACUGCAGUGUUGGUGGACAAAUAAAAGAAAAUAUUUCAUAUUUUGCAUGCAUAAUAUUUCAUAUUGGUAUGGUAUGGUAUGGUAAAUCGGGACACAAAUGGGCCCUUCAGACACUUACACCUCCUACGGCGGGUCCACUGUAUCACCCUAUCUUAUGGACCAGGUCCAUAAUAACAUGUUCUUUGGUGUUUCUGAGGCCCAGACUGCACCGGGCUCUCAUGUCUGUCAGAUCAGAAGGGUCUGCAAAUCUGAACUCCUCCUGCCGAUGCCACCCCGAACGUCUAAUCCCCCAGAAACCUUAUGGCCUCACAGAACGCCACAAGGCUCUUCAAAGGCUACUCCCUCACCUGACUCGGCUGCAAUAUUUCAUAUUGCGUGGCAACUAAAUGUUCGGACAAUUCAAGAAAUUGCUAUUUUAAUAUGGGUACAUCGCCACGCGCCUUUAUAACCGCGACAAUCUAUUCUGACAUUGUUUUUACUAAGAAUUGACACAAGUCAGGGUCUAAACUACCCAUAACUCACCUAAUUUUCUCUACAAGUCGGCGACGGUUCUCUGGGGAUCAUUACGCAAUGUCCAUUGCAUUUUAUUCUACAAUGUCUGAAUAAGGUUAAGGUCUGGAGUGUUCGGAGGCCAUGAGAAGACUUUAAGUUAUAGUGUCCAAACCAUUUUUUAGGUGUUUUGGCCGUAUGGCAUGCAGCACCGUCCUGCUGGAGUAUAAACUUCAAGUCCGGGUAGAGAUUGUGAGCACUUGGUACGAGAGAUUUUUCAAAAUUUCAUGACACAUUGCUGAGUUAAUUGUACCUUCUACCACCUCAUAUCUUCUGAAUAUGACUCUGGACUCUCAACGGUCCAUGAAAUCUUCGAUCUUGCCCAAUUGAAGCGAUUUGCUUUUUGCUUCUCUGCUAGCAACAGUUUUUCUUUAGCCUGAAACAUUACGAGCAGUGAAAAAUUACGCAUUCAAUAAUCAAACUCACAAAAACUGAGUCCUGAUUUGUCCUGGAUAAAUUUGAACCCUGUUUCUGCGUUCCAUUGUGCUGUGAUAGCUCGUAAAGUGUUGCAACGGUCCAGUUUGCAAAUUUUCACUAGUAAUCGUCUAUCCCUAUCAGACACAAUUCUCGGUCUACCCAAACUUUUGCCUUUGGGUUGGACUCUUCCACUCUCAUGAUAAUGCUUAAGUACAUCCGCAACUGUAGAAUUAGCCAGAUCUAAUUCUUCAGCAAUUGCUUGUAUUUUUUUACCCUGACAAUGUUUUUGAAUUAUCGAUUGACGAAAUUUAGUAUGUGUCACACUUCCUCUGGCCGUUUUUUAACACUUUCAAGUCCGCCGACACAGCUCCCGUGUUCACACUGUUAUCAAUCAGGUGCCACCGACACGACUACCGUGUUUACAUUUCAACAAUUUUCCAAUAACUGUAAAUGCGGCACAUGAGACAAAUAUCUCAUAUUGGCCCGGAGCUGAAAGUGUUAAUAAAUAUAAUAUACUCCCUCUAUAACGAACACCGAUAUUACGAGGUUUCACUUAUAACGGGGUACAUUAGGUGACCCAUGAAAUUUCUAUUGAACUAUAACACCUCUAUAACGAGGCAUAUUUGAUUAUAACGAGGGAAAAUGAGAUCGAAGAACAUGUUUCUUUACCUGUUUUUGGCGCGGUGGUCGCUGUAAAUAAAUACCCCAGCUGCUUGUAUACAGAAAAGCCUACAAUAUGUGUGCUUAUCGAGGCCAGUGAUGUAAUAAACUCCACUGCCAGUCAACUUAUUCCUGUUUAUCCACCGAUUUUUUUUCAAAAGCUCCAUUCAAGCAAUAUUUAGCAUCUUAUAUAGCUCGGACUGGCUUCACUACAGGAAGUUAAUGCUUUAGAAAACUACAUAUUCAUAUGUAUGCACAAUAUUAUUGUUGUCUGAUAUAACGAUAUCGGUUUAUAACGAGGUAAAUAGUCUGCCAUUUCAGUUCUCGUUAUAGAGGGAGUCACUGUAUUUUAUCAGAGCUUUUUGCUAGAGGUUUGCUACUGUCAAACUGUCAAGAAACUUACGACUUAUGAUGAGUUAAUGUCAAAAUUAUUUAUUUUGUACACGGUAACUAGAUAGUUUCGAACAUUUAGUUGCCGCCAACACUGCAAUUCAAAGUUUAUAGAAACCAAGCUCAAUUUUUUAUUAUUAAUAAGUCUUUAUUAUAUUAUUGAUCUUGUUCUUUAAUUCAUUACGCAAGGCUGUGAAGAUCUAACGUUUUCAAUAGAGCUUUUCAUCGCUUCUCAUUUGUUUCGGGUACUUGUCAUGUGACACACGAAUGUAUUAAAUGACGCAUGACAAGUGCCCAAACCAAAUGAGAAGCGAUGAUUAUCCUAUAAAUUUUCGUUUGUCCGAACAUUUAGAUGAUAGGCUCGUAGGAGAGAAAUAGUCUCAACUUUAAUAUUGGGAUAAAAGAUUUGAAGGUUGGGAACCCCUAGUGCAUAUGAUGUGUGCUCUAGUUAUAAUUUUGGCGUUUUGAUGGUAGUUUGACAAUUCAAAUUGUGUGUAAAUAAAUUUAGGAACGUUUAUUUUGGCGUACAUGCAAUAAUUCUUUUUAAAUACAUAUAUGUACACUUGUUGAUAAUUUUUAACCGAUUGAACUUGUAGACAGUGGCAUUUUGAGAGGGACAUAAUAUUUUUCUAAAUGUAUCAUCAUAGUUAUGGUUUAAAAAUAUAAAUACCAGUGUAAUGUGUUUUGUGCAAAACAAUUCUCUAAACGAUAAGAAGCUUUUUUAAUCAUGUGUUUUUUAUAUUUUUUUACAACUGUAUAAUUUUUGUUCAGACUUGUAUAGACUGCGUGUCAGAUAGGAGAAAAAUAUUUUUUGUUUAGUUGAAUUAAGUAAUUUAUUGUCGUUUGCGCGCUAUUUGAUGUAUUUUUUUUUUAUUUUUACUUGGAAUUUGGAAGUCCCUUACUGAUCACAGACCCUAAAUGAAGCGAUAAUUUUCUCGUAGUUUUUUUAGGUUAGGUAUUUAAAACAAUAGGUACAUCCCAAACAUGUUUAACCCAUUCACUGCCGGUUACUUCAGUCAGGUGCCGUUCACGCUCCAGCGAGUGAUAUGGUUACUUCAGUCAGGUGCCGUUCAAGAGAAUGGCUCCUAGCCGAGUUCCACCUUCUUAGAUAGGCAGCGAAUGGGUUAACAUAGUGCUAAAAUUUAACCGUCUUACAUUCUAUGUGUUUUUCAACAGUUUCUUUACGUAGAAAAUGAGUUGUCUCUGCUGUUAUAACUCCAUCACCAUAUUGGAGCUCCACACUGUUUUUAUUGUCUGUGCACUUGUUAUCUUCGCGAGUCUUUGCCGGGUUUACUAUUGCCUUCAUGUUUGUCGGUUCUGUGACACUAUUUCCCAGAUACUCUCCUGGAGGGACUCUUUCGUUGUUAUGUCUGCGUCUCCAUUAUUUGUUUGUCACGCUCUCUCUGCAAGAACCAUAUAUUACUCGAAGGAUUUUACGUUUCCACACCAGCAAUUUAUUUACUUCUUUUUCGUUGGCAUCCAUGAUUCGCUUCCAUACGUGACUGCUGGCCAUAUUAUUAUGGUUUUGUAUAUCUGGCACCUCGUUAGAGAAGUUUUGAUCUCAUUAAACGUUGCAUUGCAAAGAAAGAUCUGUUUUUAAACUUUUAACUAGUUCGAAGGUAUGAUCGUUUAUAGUAACAUUUUGUCUUAUUCGCCUUCGUUUUUGGUUUGUCUUCAAUGGCGAGAACGAUUUUUGCAGCCCUAGCAGCUAUGUCUGGUAUGAUUUUAAGAUUAAUUUUUCGCAUGACAUAUUUUAAGGCCAGGUUAAACAGCAAUGGGGACAGCGGAUCUCCCUGUCUCAGUCCGGAAUUUACACAGAAAGCAUUUUUUCAUCUUAUUCUAACUUGUGCAAAGGAGUUACUUACACACAUUUACGUUACCGCAGCUAAUUUCUUAGGUAUGUCCAGCUCAACUAUACCAUUCCAUAGUCUUGGACGAAUUGUAACUGAGUCAUAAGCAUGUUUGAAAUCUAUAAAGAUCUGAUGCAUGCCUUAUUACUACAAUCUUUACGAAUAUGUCAACGGUACGGCUAGGCAGAACUCAAGACUCAGUAAUGAUAAACGCAUGCGCAAUAAAGUGACAAUAUGUCCGUUGAACUAAUGUUUAUUACUGACUUAACAAGCUAGAGGAUCUAGGUUAGAUUCCUGGCACUGACAUUAAGAAAUUGUUCUGAGCCGCCGCCGUCAUUCGGAAGGCACGUAAAGCGGUCGGUCUGGGCGCUUGCGCGACUUGAACCCUAAGACUAGACAUUAGCCAGAAGGUUAUACGAACUUUACUAUUUUUUGGGUUUACCCGUUAUCAAAGAAACUUGUAAAACACUUCGUGAGGCCUUUGUCCAGGAGUGGAUGCAAACAGGCUGAAGAAGAAGAAGGCUAUUUUUUACCUUUUCAGUUACUGCUGGCAGUUUCACAGUUGUUUUUUUGAAUUUAUACUUGAUAAGGAUUCGUAGAUCCGUCAAACAGAUUGAAACAUAUGCUUUCUUUUUAUCAUUUAGCUUGAAAAUCUUUAAAAUUAAAAAUUGCGUAUACAUCACCAAUUAGUGGAAUACGUUGACUCUUCUUGUUUAUUCUUUUGACUCUUACACAAGUAAUGACAUUUUAUUUUUCUUCUAAAUGAACUGUUGUAAAAUACAUGUAUGUACAGCACAACCAAAUUUAUUUUCAACCGAACGUCAACAAUAGUGCGCAUCCAAAUCUCAAAUACGAAGUGAAUUUGGUCGUGCUGUACGAUUAUUAACUUUUACCGGUUUAUAUAUUGACAAAUAUUGUAGUAGGGAUCGUGAAAUGUGCGGAUUGUUCCAGAUAUUUAAAAAACAGCUACACAAAAUUCCCGCCAUUCACCAUUUCAAAAAUUCGAUAAUUUAUUGAUUUAUUAAAAGUUUCUUAAGUGUUUUAAAAUUGGAAAUGGUUGAAUGCUCGAGUAUAUGAAUUUUACGGAAAUAAAAGGCAGAUAUCGAACACUGAGUUUUAUUAAAUCUUCCCGAAGUAUACUUUCGUUCCCAGAGCAUCAUCAGGAGCGUCUGAAAUAAGCCAAAAAAACGCCGUUGUAAAACGAGAAAAAGUUCAUCAUCUUCGAGUUUUGUCGAAGUUUUCCAACUCUUCCUUGUUUUACAAUAGCGUUUUUUUGGCUUAUUUCAGGUGCCCCUAUGAUGCUCUAGGAGCGAAAGUAUAUUUAACAAACUUUAAUAAAUUCAGUGCUCGAUGUCUGCCUUCUAUUUUCGUAAAAUUAAGUGUUUUAGUUCGGACAUUUUUAGCGAACAAUCUUUACAUAUCAUGUACUCUAAUACGAUAUUUCUUCGUAUAAGCAGCACUAAACUGUUUGGGAUACGUAAACAAAUGCAUUUGCUAAACUAGGCUCCCCCUUUCUCACAGUCUAUACGAUUUUAUGUCAAAUACUAAAGUUUUUUUUGUUGUUUACGAAGACUUGUAUAUUGGGACUUGACACUAAAUUACUUUGUAAAUAAGUACCAAAAAGUGUGGAUGAAAAAUGUACUUAUUUGGAUAACAAAACGAAUGAUACGGUAUGCAUAUGCGCUCAGUUUGUAGAAUGUUUGACAAUGAGUUUCUGUAUAUAUGAUAAAGUAUUUGUAGUAAAAAGUUUAAAUAAA